AUGGACGAGAUCGACCAUGAGAGUCUCAAGAGUUUCCUGCCAGCCUCGUUUGGUACUUCGGGCGGCGAAUUCGACCCGACAGCACAAAUGGAGACCGUUCGGCGGAAGCUGCCUGGCCAACCCGACGCGAGGCAGGCUGGAUCAGCCCGUUCCAAGGGCGACAGCGAUUCAGAUAAAGGCUCUGACGACGACGAUGACGACGACGAUUCGGAGGACGAGGAUGAAUUUCCCACAUCUCAUGGGAUUGUGUUCAAAACUCAUGACCGUGCUGUCACGACCAUCACCGUGGAUCCUGCCGGGUCUAGGAUGAUCACCGGCUCUACUGACUGCACAAUCAAGCUGCAUGAUUUUGCAACCAUGACACCCAAUACUUUGCGAGCCUUCAAAUCUGUCGACCCAACCGCCACAAAAUCCUCUGCGAAUUCCGAAACUCAUCCCGUCCAUGUCGCAAGGUUCAACCCCAAUUCGCCCAGUCAAGUUCUCGUGGUCACCGCCACGCCCCAAGCAAGAAUAUUAUCCCGCGACGGCGACACCACGGUCGAAUUUGUCAAAGGCGACAUGUACCUCCGAGACAUGAAUAUGACCAAAGGACACAUCAGCGAAAUCACCAGCGGGACCUGGCACCCGCAGAAAUACGACCUCUGCGUAACGGCAGGGACAGACAGCACUCUCCGCAUCUGGGACGUCAACGUCCGGAACAAGCAGAGAGAUGUCAUUGUGCACAAGUCCAAAUUUGCGGGCUCGGCUGGCCGGAGUCGUAUGACUGCGGUGGCUUGGGGCAGUCAAGUUGAGGGCGGCAAUACCCUUCUCGUGGCGGCCGCUCUGGAUGGUGCCCUCGUUAUGUGGGGAGGAGAAGGGCCCUUCAACAGACCCAGCGCAGAGAUCAGCCAAGCACAUGCCAGUAACACCUGGACAAGUGGCAUCGACAUCAGCUCAGAUGGUCGAUUGGUCGUCACAAGGGGUGGCGACGACACCAUCAAGCUCUGGGACACACGGAAAUUCAAGCAGCCCGUGAACACCACAUCCCACGUCUCUACCUCGAGUCAAUAUCCAACUUCCAACAUUAUGUUCGCUCCUAAUGCGUCCUCCAUCAUAACGGGCUCCGAGACGGGCGACCUUCAUAUCCUCAAUCCAGCCACCCUCAAGCCCGAGCUAGUCACGCCGGUGACGCCUGGAUCUGCACUCAUCAGCGUAUUGUGGCACGACAAGCUCAACCAAAUCAUCACAGGCAGCGUAAACGCCGAGACGCACGUGCUGUUCAACCCCAAAAUUUCCACCAAAGGCGCAGUCAUGGUCAUGUCCAAACCGCCUAAACGCCGACACGUCGAUGAUGAUCCGAGCCUUACCACGGAUAUGUCGCAGGGUGUAUCGGGCGACGCCAUCGUCAACCCCGGGACGAGCAGUGAAGCCAUCCAAGGCAGCACUUUUUCGUCUCGACACCCGACCGUUGGGCUCACAGCAUCUGGCCGUUCUCGCGAUCCUAGAAGACCACAUAUCCCAGCCACGACGCCGUUUGCCAGAAGUCAGCCGGAUGAGCGCCACAUCAAGGAGAGGAUCCCGCUGAGUUCCAUGAGGGAAGAAGACCCUCGCGAGGCUCUGCUCAAGUACGCCGAAAAGGCAGAGAAAGACCCCUUGUUUACGAGAGUCUGGAACAAGACGCAGCCCAAGACGAUCUAUGCCGAUCUCAGUGACGAGGAGGAAGGCGGUCCGGAUAAAAAGAAACAAAAGACUUAG